GAACCUCCAGCUGUUGUCGGACCUUCUAACGGCACUUCAGGAGCUGAGAUUUCGUUCGCAUUUGAUCCGAAUAGGGAACCUCACCUUGUUGCGAAAAAUGCAUUCGACUAUUACAAGGAUGAUGAGGAAAUCAUCAAAUAUUGGUACCAGCGGUACAGGCUGUUCUCAAAACUGGAUAAAGGAGUUCUCAUGGAUCGUGAGGGCUGGUUCUCGGUAACUCCUGAGCGAAUAGCAGAACAUAUUGCUGAUCGCAUAGUGAGGCGGAAAGAAAUGCUAGUUGUAGAUGCGUUUGCUGGAGUUGGUGGCAACAGUAUCCAGUUGGCUAUCAAAGGAGCGCGUGUAAUAGCAAUCGAUCUUGAUCCAGUGCGAUUGAAGUGCGCCCGAGAGAAUGCUAAGGUGUAUGGCGUUGAAGUUCGCAUCGAAUUUUUGUGCUGUGAUUUCUUCCAUUUUGCAGCCAAAUGGACUAGCGGCUCAGAAAAGUGCGCAGAGGUAGACGCUGUAUUUCUUAGUCCACCAUGGGGAGGACCUGGUUAUUUGAAAUCAGAGGUUUUGAUCUCGAUGAUCUGACUCCAAACGGUCUUGACAUCUACACCGCCGCAAGUAAAAUGUCUCCAAAUGUAGCAUACUUUUUGCCGAGGAACACAAGCGUGAAAGAGCUGAUAGCACUUAGUGGACCUGGAGGGAGAUGCGAAAUUGAACAAAGCUGUCUAAAUAAAAAGAUCAAAACGUUGACUGUUUAUUACGGCAACUUAGCAGCUCCACGAGGCGAGUAGGAUGAGCAUUUACGGCAUGAAAUAACCACUUUCCCUUCCAUUGACCUUUCAUAUUUUUCUGCUAAUUUACAUAUUUUGCUUGCACACACUGUUGAAUCAAAUAGGUCGCUUUAUACUCCAACGAUUAUUCAUGAAUUGGCACUAAAGCCAGUGAACUAUUUUAUGUGACCAAAUUGAAUCUCUAUCACCACUUCUAUUUUUACUCUUCAUACUUGUGAUGCUUACUUACUAUGUCAGAUCAAUAGAAUGCUACGAGCUAUUUGUUAUGUUCUCAUACUUCACUUUCUUAUCUG